GAAAGUACAAUCAACUUUGCAAAUAUCGCAGAUUAUGUUUAUGAUAUUCUCUUAGAAUAUAAAAAUAUAAACGAUGAUUUUGAAGGAAUGACUAAAUUUCAAGUCAAAUUUAAUAUUAAUUUUGAAUUGAUUUGUGAAGUGUUAAUUGAUGCUACUGAACAGGAUAGAAAUCUACAUAUUUCUAAUUCAAUUGUUAAUGCUGUUAGUAAUGGUGAUGGGUAUACAUAUGUUUAUCAAUCAAAAUAUAACAGCAAAAAGCAGGAUUAUAUAUCAUUUACAUAUUGGAGUUCUAUUACAAUUAAAAUUGAUUUCAAAAAUAAUAUUGUACUUAUCAACAUAUCUUAUGAUCUUCUACAUCUACAAUCUGAAAAAGUUAAUGUAAUGAAAAAGAUCAAAGAUUAUAUAAAUAAUUGUAUUCAACAAAGUGUACCAGAAAUAUACCAAUCAAUUAAAGAUCAACACAUUGAAGGAUACGAAUUUUUAACAAUUAAGCAG